AUGCCUGUGGUACCAUACCAGCUCUUCCACGAGAAGGACGUAACACUAGUCUGUAUCAUCUCCGCAGCGACAGGCGCAGCUCUCUAUGCCUGCUUCUACUUCGCCGGCAUCUAUUUCACCCUCGUUGAAGGUUUCGAUGCUGGAAAAGCUGGACUUCAACUCUUGUUCUACGUUCCAGGGAUCGGUGUCGGCGUCUACACCGCCAUUAUCGUGUGCAACGUACACCCUCGACAGACGAUUUGGCCCCUACUAUUCGGUACAAUCGUAGAGACAGCUAGCAUCGGCGCCCUCUCAUGGGCUAUACGUGCUCGCCAGAGGACCGCUGUCAACGUGCUCAUGGGCGUCGCCGGGUUCGGUACUGGGAUCCGCUUUAUGCCAGAGAACCUGCACCUGACGGGAAUGUACCGAGACAAGAUCGCUGUCAUUCUUGGCCUUUUGAGCUUCGCUGGUCCUUUCGGUGGAACCAUAGCUUUGACGGUGAUGGGCUCGGUCUUCCAGAACAAGAUGUCGGUCUACUUCAUCGGUAGCGAAGGCUCGUCUAGAUUCGACGUCAACUCACCCACCGCAUUGGAUGCUAUCAGCGACCUCUCAUUGGAAAAUCUGGAACGCUUCCGAUCUGCUGCCGCUAAUGCUAUCAGCUCGUCGUUUGUUUCCAUCUUGCCGUUCCUUGCCUUUAGCAUCCUUGCCGCGUUGAUGCUAGGCAACGUCUGGAUAUGCAAGGACAAGAAAGCGAUGAAGGCGAGAUCUCCCAGCGACUCGAUAGCGAAUACGGACGUAGCGCUGCAAGGUCAGACGCAGAGUGUGCAGCGGGAUGGGAGGCCGGAGGUGUUGACUGGGAUCUACCUCUACGCUUUAUUGAAAGGAACCGUAGCUUCACAGCGACACUUGGGCCCGCUGGAGGCGCGGUCGGAUCAUUACGAGGAGAAGACAGACCAGGAGGGUACCUCGCUAUGA